CACUGGCUGGCCGUCCGAGUUGAUUCGUUUAGUGAUGACAGGGAACGGGAGCCACAUUUAAUGAUGCCUCCUCACCACGCGCGGCACUUGGUGGAAUUGCUACAUAUUCAUGUGCUUCCUGGUUCUCCGAGUAGAUAAAGAGGGAGAGAGCUUGGAGCGUGUCACCAGUGGGGAUUGGGGUGAAAGUAGACACCAUCCACUGGAGCUGACAAGGCGUAGUGACUGCACAAGGAAGGCAGACAAGACAUCGGUGAAACCCACGGGGUAUGGCGGACUUACACCAACAGUGCCUGGAUCUACAAAGUGAGAAUGACAGACCCCCUAAUGAUCUGCCAACAGUUCUUCCUAAUUCUCACUCAGAACAGGUAGUUUCUCCUGUGCAAGUAUCACCUACAAAGAAAUCGCCAAAUGACAGCCCAUCUAAAUCUCCCCGGUUUGCUAAGAUAAAGAACUGGGAAACAGGCACUGUUUUAAAUGAUACAUUGCAUUUGAACUCUGGAGUGGCAAACGGCUGCAGAGAGCAAUUGUGCUUAGGAUCAAUUAUGAUGCCAAGCCAACAUGUAAAGAAACCAAGUAAAGCUCGUACGAAAGAGAACCUCCUACCACUGGCAGCGGACUUUUUAAACCAAUAUUAUACAUCCAUCGAAAGAUAUGGAUCUGAGGCUCACAUUCAAAGGAUGGAGAAUGUGACAAAGGAGAUUGAAACAAUGGGAACAUACCAACUGAAAGAUACUGAGCUAAUCUAUGGAGCCAAACACGCCUGGAGGAAUGCCGCCCGCUGUAUCGGGAGGAUCCAGUGGUCCAAGUUACAGGUUUUUGAUGCCCGCGAUUGUUCCACUGCUCACAGCAUGUUCAACUAUAUUUGCAAUCACAUCAAGUACGCAACCAACAAGGGAAAUCUCAGGUCAGCAAUCACAAUAUUCCCACAAAGAACAGAUGAGAAGCAUGAUUUCAGAAUCUGGAACAACCAAUUUAUAAAAUAUGCUGGUUACAGGCAACCUGAUGGCUCUAUCGUGGGAGACCCUGCUUCAGUGGAUUUAACCGAGGUCUGUAUGCAGCAAGGCUGGAAGGGGCCAAACGGUCGAUUUGAUGUCCUCCCUCUUCUGCUGCAGGCCAAUGGAAAUGACCCUGAACAAUUUGAGAUUACUCCUGAACUAAUCUUGGAAGUACCCAUCACACAUCCCAGGUUUGAAUGGUUUGAAGAUCUGAAGUUGAAGUGGUAUUGCCUGCCAGCUGUUUCUAACAUGCUUCUGGAUAUCGGAGGCCUUGAGUUUCCGGCUUCUCCUUUCAAUGGGUGGUACAUGGGCACAGAAAUUGGAGUCCGAAAUUUCUGUGAUACAUCUCGCUACUCUGUACUGGAGGAUGUGGCAAAGCGUAUAGGACUCAACACUGGAAAUAUAUCUUCUCUUUGGAAAGACCUAGCAUUAGUAGAAAUAAAUAUUGCUGUCCUACACAGUUUUCAGUCUAAGAAAGUGACAAUUAUGGACCAUCACUCUGCUGCGGAGUCCUUCAUGAAACACAUGGACAAUGAAUAUCGAUGCCGAGGAGGCUGUCCCGCAGAUUGGGUGUGGAUUGUCCCCCCAAUGUCAGGAAGCAUCACACCUGUCUUCCAUCAAGAGAUGCUAAACUAUCACCUGAGCCCAUCAUUUGAGUAUCAGAUAGACGCAUGGUUGACUCAUGUGUGGAAAGGAGCUAAUGGAACUCCCACCAAGAAGAGAGCUAUUGGAUUUAAAAAACUAGCAAAGGCUGUGAAGUUCUCAACCAAGUUGAUGAGACAAGUAAUGGCUAAACGAGUAAAAGCCAACAUCUUGUACGCUACGGAAACUGGGAAGUCGCAAUCCUAUGCAAAAACGCUGUGUGAAAUCUUUAAGCAUGCUUUUGAUGCAAAGGUGAUAUCCAUGGAUGAGUAUGAUAUUGUGCAUCUAGAACAUGAAGCUUUGGUGCUGGUGAUUACAAGCACUUUUGGCAAUGGGGAUCCACCUGAGAAUGGAGAAAAAUUUUCUUCUGCCCUGAUGGAAAUAAAGCACCCGCAUUCAAAAUCAGCAAAAGGACCGGGUUAUAAAAUUCGCUUCAACAGUGUAUCCUCAAUCUCAGAUGCCCGGAAAUCUUCAAGUGCUGAACCAGAACAUAGAGACAGCUUUGGGAGUACAGGUCCCUUAGCCAAUGUGAGAUUUUCUGUCUUUGGUCUUGGUUCUCGAGUUUAUCCACAUUUCUGUGCUUUUGCUCGCGCUGUUGACACCCUACUGGAAGAGUUUGGUGGAGAACGAAUUAUGAGAAUGGGUGAGGGCGAUGAACUCUGUGGACAGGAGGAAUCAUUUCGAACAUGGGCUAAGAGAGUUUUUAAGACUGCCUGUGAUGUAUUCUGCGUGGGGGAUGACGUAAAUAUUGAAAAUGCCAACAAAUCCUUAAUAAGUAAUGAUCGCAGCUGGAAGAGGGCAAAAUUCCGCCUGUCCUAUCAAACCACAGCACCUGACCUCACACAAGCUCUCAAUAGCAUUCAUAAAAAGAAAAUUUCUGCUGCAAGACUAUUAUCCCGACACAACUUACAAAAUCCAAAAUCCAGCCGGUCCACAAUACUACUGCGGAUACACACAGACAAUCUGGACGGAUUGAGCUACCAGCCUGGUGACCACCUUUGUGUCUUUCCUGGCAACCAUGAGAUUUUGGUCAAUGCCUUGAUCAACCAAUUAGAAGAUCCACCUCCAGCAAAUAAGGUCAUAAAGGUUGAGUUUCUGGAAGAGAAAACUACAGCUUUAGGUGUCAUUGGCAACUGGUGUGAUGAGACCCGCAUUCCACCUUCCACCAUCUCUCAAGCCUUCAAGUACUAUCUGGAUAUCACAACUCCUCCCAUUCCACUUCUCCUGCAGCAGUUUGCUCUCCUGGCAAAAGAUGACCAGCAGAAGAAAAGACUUGAAGUUCUCAGUAAGGGCUUGAAGGAGUACGAGGAAUGGAAGUGGUACAAUAACCCAACCAUCGUGGAAGUGCUGGAAGAAUUUCCCUCUGUGCAAGUGCCAGCAACGCUGUUGCUUACACAGCUUCCUCUGCUGCAGCCUCGAUAUUACUCAAUCAGCUCAUCCCCUGACCUGUACCCAGAUGAGAUUCACCUCACAGUGGCUGUGGUUUCGUAUCAUACAAGAGAUGGUGAAGGAUCGUUACAUCAUGGAGUCUGCUCUUCGUGGCUGAACAGGAUAGACAGCGACGAAAUGGUGCCGUGCUUUGUCAGAGGCGCACCAUCUUUCAGGUUACCAAAAGAUCCGUUGGUUCCUUGCUUCUUAAUUGGCCCAGGAACAGGAAUUGCACCCUUCAGAAGCUUCUGGCAGCAGCGCAUGUAUUAUGUCGAACACAACGGUAUGAAAGCAGGACCCAUGACACUUGUGUUUGGCUGCCGACAAUCACAUAUUGACCACAUCUAUCGAGAAGAGACCAUCCAUGUAAAAAAUAAAGGUGUAUUUAAGGAACUUCACACAGCUUACUCUCGUGAACCAGGAAAACCUAAGAAAUAUGUGCAAGAUGUUUUACGUGAACAUUAUUCUGACCAAAUAGUCGAACUAUUACAAGACCAAGGUGGGCACAUAUAUGUUUGUGGAGAUGUUACAAUGGCAGGAGAUGUUUUGAAGACCAUUCAGCACAUCCUCGCACAGCAGGGGAAGAUGUCACUUGAAGAUGCUGGGAUCUUUAUCAGCAAACUACGGGAUGAAAACCGUUAUCACGAGGACAUAUUUGGUGUCACUCUUCGUACGCAUGAAGUUACUAAUCGUCUUCGAUCAGAAUCGAUCGCUUUUAUUGAAGAGAGCAAGAAAGACUCAGACGAAGUGUUCUGCGCUUGAUGGGGAGAUUCUCACGACAAUGACACAUGCCAAGGCCUUAGAAGGAGGUUUUACUCAAUUCUGAAAUCUUAAUUACGCAUCACAAUCCACACAAAGAUGCCAACAGAGUGAUUACAACAGAGUUACUUAAUUAUUUUCUUUUAUGAAACAUAGCUUGCAAUAUUUUUACACAAAGGGGAUCGCUCUAUAAUUUCCUACCCGGGGUGAUUAUUGUUGGGUCAAUUUUUUGCUAUGUGCUGCUUUUAGAUUCAUUGCAGUGCCUGCAACAAGCAAACAAUCUGUGCUAUGACAAGAAAGUUGUUGCAUGACGUAAAAACAAUAAUCAUUUUAUAAAAUGGCAUUCAGCAUAUACGGGGUUCAUUGUAACCCCUGCAGGACCUUUUUGCAGUAAACGUAUAUUUUAAAGGUCUGCAGGGGUUAGCUUGUGUUUUUCUUUAAAAAAACAAGUAACAUAUACAG